UGGUACUGGCUGAUAGAGCAAUAUGUCCACACAAAUAUGAUGUUUAUAACCUUUAUAAAAAAUAUCUUAAUAAAUCAGUUGGUGCACAAAAUGGAAAAGAAAUGUUUUUGCGUUUAGCUGAGGAGGUUGAAGAGUUUAAUACCAACAAUAAACCUAACCAACCUUUUAUAUUGGUUAUUGUUACUAACCUUAUGAGACACUGUCAUUCAUUGCAACAAGCUAGUGAAUUAGUAUAUAUAGAUGCUACUGCAGGUCUUGAUAAUCUUAAUACUCCCUUAACUGUUAUUUCAACAAGCACACCUAUUGGCGGCUUACCUCUUGCUGCAAUAUUAACAUCAGAUGAAACUGCAUCUACUUUAACAAGUGCCUUGGAAGCGUUAAAAUGUAUAAUGCCAUCUACUGCAUUUGGUGGACGUGGAUCUAUUACUGGACCACAAGUAAUUAUAACUGAUGAUUCUA